CUUUUUGCCGCAUUUUUCACGCAAACAAUAAAACUGCGAAACAUUUGACGUUUAUCUCGCUUUUUGUCAUUUAUAACACCAAUUGAUUACAAGUUUUCAUUACUUUUUCAAAGUAUAUCUCUUAUCCAAUAUUUGGCAACUAUUUAAGUGUACUUUUAUCUCGCAUAUCAAUUGAUUGACACCAACUGACAAUGUCUUCAUCCGAAAGCAAUGGCAAUAACCUCUUGAGUCCGACCCAAUCCAAGGGUGGCUUGAAGUAUGACUUGGUUUUGGAGAAGCCGUCCAACGAUACGCCGCCGAAGUUGGGCCGACCUCUCGAGACAUCCAAACAGAUAUCGGUCGAAGAGAUCGAAAACAAGCUGAAGGAAGCGGAAGAGCGCCGCAAAUCACUGGAGGCACAGAAGAUCAGUCUCGCGAAGGAACGGCUCUCACAUGUGGUCGAAGUGAAGGACAAGAUCUCGGAGAUCGAGGAGCAGAAGAUUGAGUCCACCCGUCAGUCCAUCGACAAGAAGAUGGAGGCAUUCAAAGAGAACAGAGAGUCACACAUCAAAGCCAUUCAGGAGAAGCAGAAGGAACACUUAGCGUUCAAUGAAUUAAAGGUAACCCGAGUUGAGACCAAACGGCGGCUCUCGAGUGAGAACCUAAUGCUUGCGAACCAUAAGUUGAUUGCAAUCCAAAUGAAGAUCUCUUCUGCCGCUGAAUCACGUGAAGCACAGAUAGUGUCUAUUCAGCAGCGACUUCGAGAGCAUGACAGACGUAUAGAUGAGGUGAGGAGACAAAUGGAUGAGUCUCUCAACUCCAAUGAUUCACUCAAAUCUAAAUUAGAGUCUAAACUAAGGAAAGCCGAGAAAAAUAGAGAACUCGUUGUUAAAGAGAUUCACGAGAGACUCAAAGAACACGGCGAGAAAGUGGCGGAAGUUGUGAAACGCAAGUCGGAAGUGGUUCCCAAUUCUGGAGAUGCCGUGGAAAAUUGAAUCAAACAUUUUAAUCUUUUGAAUCAAAUAUUUUACUACUUAUUACUCUUUUUUGUGAUAAUAUAACACAACUGAAUAUUAAUCCUCAUUUUAAGCACC